ACCACUUUGGAAAUCCCAAGUUCCACACAGUUCAUUGCACAAUACUUUCUUUGUAUAAAAUGAUGAGGCAAUGAAAUAAGAUCACAAAGUCCAGCUUUCUGUUCUACAUGUACACAGCAGGCGGUGAAAAAAGCAGUCCCCUCGUUCUUGGAUCAAAAUUUAUAUGCAGGUUUCAGCGCACACAUGCAGACAAACACCCAAUGGUUCUUUGAAAAGCCAGCCUCCCGGAUAAAUGACAAUACACCAGUUUAUCAGGGCACCGUGGUUGAACACUGGAUCAAGAUAUCUCAGUCUGGCUUUAGUGGUGUGACCACCACAGCUAACUGGGAGCCUGUUAUUCAGGACAUGGGCAAUAAAGGAUGGGAGCUGGCCUGUAUCUUGGAGACCCCAGAGAUGCAUUUUUCAGGAAUGGCAACGGUCAAGAUGAAGUGCCUGCUGUUUUUCCAGAGGAAAAUCGUCCCCGAUCAGGCUAUGGCUAUGGCUGCUCCCCCUUCACUACCCGUUGCGGCGCCCCCUCCCUACCCAGGUGGUCCACCUGCUGGUGAAAAGGGUCCUCCUCCUCCUCCUGGUUUCAAUUAUUAAUUUUGUUCUUCUUUUUUGUUGAGAUGGAAAUGGAUAUUUUUCAAUUUCUGUUGAUGAUUUCAUGUGUUUUUGUUCGAGUGUAUGCAUUCUCUAAAGGUUGACUGGAUGUUUUGAUGCUCUUUUUAAUAAUUCAGUGUUUUUUUGUUACUUUGUUGUGGCAGAGAAAUUGGGCUUUGCUCAUAUUUGAUGUGCUGGAUGUCUGUCUGGCUUUCCUUUGAAAAGGAUGCGUGUUUUCUCUCUCUCUCUCUCUCUCUCUCCCACCCCCCCUCUCUCUCUCUCUCUCUCUCUCUCCCC